GGAUCGGGCGGUAACAGAAGGCGCGAGGGGAUACAGAGCGAGGGUGCUUCAGCUCCGGAGGAACCUUGCCGUCCGGCGGAUUCCACCUGCUCCCUUGUGGAAAAGAGCGCCUGUUGGGGGUUACCAUGGAAACCAGGACGGCGAUGCGUCGAGAGCGGGAGGAAGAGUCGUCCAGCAUGUCGAGCAGCGUGAAGGUUUCCUCGCAUCGUCACAAGAAGACCUUCGCCUCCAGUGACGAGGAAGUCCCAUACUCUGAUGUCGUUCCCGUCAUCCCUGUGGACGUGAUGUCUGCGAAGGAGAUCCUGCAGAUGGAAAACCUCCCCCGCCACAGGACAUGGGAAAUCCUUCGGGAAACUCAAGCGGCCGACGAAGGCUACCAUCGAGACAAGUGGACGAUGUUUGGCAACGAGGCGGAGAAGUUGGAGGCGGGCGUGAUGCGGAGCCAACGAUUGCUACGCACCCGCGUGGACAAAACGGCCCUUCGCAAAGAGGCACAAAAGAAGGCAUCCGAGCACUUGGAGUAUCUGGAGCGUCUAAGUCAGAAGGUGCCAGACUUCUCAGUGCCCCUGAGGCCUCACACUGUCUGGGAGGGCAUGACGGUGCAGCUCGCCUGCGUGGUCCAAGGAUGCCCACCGCCUCAGGUCACAUGGUACAAAGAUGGCGUGGCGCUAAGAAAGCCCGAGAUGCCGUGGAAUUACGGGCUUCAGCAAGCAUUUGGGCUGAAUUACCUGGAGAUCAGAAGAUGCUCUCCCGAUGACGCCGGCGUGUACAAAGCGGUGGCCAAGAGUCCCCUGGGUGAAGCCAUGACCUUCGCCACGCUGCUGGUGAACCCGUACAAAGGAGCCACGGCUGGGUCGGAUGAUUCCCGGACUCGGGCCUCGCAACAAGCCAGCUUUGCCAGCGCCUUUCCACCAACUUGGGUGAAAGAAGGCGACAGUCUCACCCUGCACUGCUCCUUCACCGCCCCUCUGCUGCCCUUCCAGCAGGACGUCACCUGGUUCCGAGACGGUACGCCACUGCUCCAAUCUGACGCUGUGGACACCAAGACAACAAACGGCGCAGCUUCGAUGACGCUUCGCACUGUGUACAAGGAGCACGAAGGAGUUUACACAGUGCGCCUGAAGACCUGGGAUGGAAUCCUGGAAUCUAGUGCCUAUGUCUACGUUGAAGAUGCGUCGGCCACAGCGGUCGGAGCUCCCGCAUCUCCCCUGUUGGUCCAGGUGUCGGAUAUCCACAAGGACUACGUCUUCCUCACUUGGCAGCCGCCCAGUGCUGACGGAACAUCACCCAUCGAGGGUUAUUACGUUGAGAGGUGUGACCUCAGUCAGGGCCAGUGGGUGCGCUGCAACGAGCACCCGCACAAAGCCUGCCGCUACCCGCUGUUCGGGCUGAAAGAAGGAGCCAGCUACCAGUUCAGAGUUCGGGCGGUCAAUCAGGCCGGCGUGGGUCGCCCCUCCAAGGCGACGGAACCCGUUCUCACCGAGGACCCCCUUCAACAUGCCAGGACCAUGGUGGUCCAAGUGCACGGAGGAAGGACCGUUGUCAUCACUCAAGGUGAUCUGGAAGGUCAGGUCCGAAUUCCCCUCGCCCCCACCAACGUCCACGCCUGCGAGCUGAGCGACACGUACGUGGUGCUGAGCUGGACCGAGCCAGAACCCCGAGGGAAGGAGCCGCUCACCUUCUAUGUGGAGCGGUCGCAAGAAGGGAAGAGCGGCUGGGAAAUGGCCAGUCGGGAUGCUGUGGUCAACUCUCCCAGGUUUCCUGUCUUUGACCUGCUCGAGGGAACGCGGUACCACUUCAGAGUGCGAGCCGUCAACAAGUACGGUGUCAGUGAGCCGUCGGAGCCCAGCGGCCCCAUCUGCCUGGGAAAACCGCAAAGUGCCCCCGCUGCGCCUUCCUCCAUCUUGGCCUUCCGAGACACAGACUCCUCGGUGUCGCUUCAGUGGCAAGAGCCCAAAGACAAAGAAGGUGUCCUGGGAUAUUACCUGUACUGUAGGGAAAAAGGUCAAGAGGACUGGAAGGUCAUCAACAAUAAACCCAUUAGUGACCCCAGGUUUACAGUCCAUGGCCUCCAGACUCGUAAGGAGUACGUGUUCAGGAUCAAGUCAGUGAGUCAAGCGGGAAAGAGCGAUUACUCGGACGAGUCGCCCCCCAUCCUGGUCAAAGCCGCCAUUUGCGUGCCGUCGGCGCCUUCGGCCAUCGCGUUGCUGAUGUGCACGGGCUCAGAGAUGGUUUUGGGCUGGAGGAGGCCUCGCCAGGACGGCGGAACCCCCAUGAGGGGAUACUACCUGGACGAGCGGGAGGCGGGCACUGAUGCGUGGCGAGAGGUCAACGUCAAGGCGAUCAAAGAGAGGCGGGCCACGGUUUCCAACUUGAGCAGCGGGCUUUGGUACCAGUUCCGCGUGUUUGCCGCCAACAUGGUUGGCGUGGGGGAGCCAUCAGAGCCCAGUGAGGCUUUCCUGUGUGAGGAAUGGACCAUGCCGGAGCCUGGUUGUCCCUUUGACUUGGAGGUCCGCGAGGUGAAAGACCACUCGCUGGUGCUCCUGUGGGCCGCGCCGCUCUACGAAGGUCGCGGCCCCGUCACGGGCUACUCACUGGAAAUCAGCCGAGGCGAGCGGUCCGACGAGUGGACCGCCGUCAACGACGAGCCCGUCACCGACACUCAUCAUAAGGUUUCAGGUCUUCAGGCGGGUCAGAUCUACCGUCUCCGUGUGUCGGCUGUCAAUGAGGCGGGAGCAGGAGCCCCCUCCCUCCCUUCGGAGCCAAUCGUGGCACUCACCUCGCCAGACAGCCCAAACAUUGAGGCGGGCGUGGACGACGACGGCUUCAUCUACCUGGCCUUCGCCUGCGAUCACGUCGUCGACGGCAACGAGGGUCUCUGGGCCAAAAACUACAGCCAGCCCAUCGACGGCGCGAGAGCUCAGGCCGACAACAAGGACGGCAGGUCUGUCCUCACCUUCAGCGACCCCUCUGAGCAAGACCUGGGUCUCUACACCGUGGAGAUGAGCGACGAGCCCAGCCUGUCAUCCAGCUACCUCCUCACUGCCGAAGACCUCGAGCGCCUCAAAGAACUCAGCCAGCAAGUCCAAAAUCCACUGAUCGCACUCAAGUCGGGUUGGCAUGUGGAGGUUUCGGAGACGGGCGGCGCGCGUCUGUGGCUUCACACGGAAAGUCUGAGCGACGAUGCCGAGCUGCGUCUUGUUUUCAACGACAAAGAAAUCUCCAGCACUCCGGGUCGCAGGAUCAACUUUGACAAGGCCGGCGGUCUCGUGGAGGUGCUGAUAGAUCGCAUGACCCACGAGGACGAAGGCACGUACACGGCCCAGCUGCGCGAUGGACGUGCCAGGAACCAGUUCACCUUGGUCUUGGUGGAUCACGAAUUCCGCGAGCUGCUCGCCCUGGCCAACGCUAAGCGACGCGACUGCGAGAGAAAGAGCGGACCGUACUUCGAGGAGCUCUUGUCGUGGGACGUUAACGAGGAUUGCCAAGUGACCAUAAAGUGCAAGGUGACCAACGCAAGCAAAGACACAACCCUCAAGUGGUCCAAGGACGGAGUGGCGCUGCCGCAGGCUGAUUACGACCCCCCGUCUGGGGUCGGCGCGCUCACCAUCCCGCAGAUUGAAAAACAGCAGGCGGGCUCAUACAAAGCGGUGGUGUCGGAUGCCAGAGGAGAGGACGUCAGCACCUUGGCGUUGCAGCAUGAAGAGUACGACAAGCUUCUCCAGCAGCUGAGCAAACAAUGCGGAUUGUCAGCGGGUCCGCUGAGGGUUCAGAGCACGGCAGAAGGUUUCAGGCUCUACUGCUGCCUCACGUAUUACAUCAGCGCCCUGAAGACCAGCUGGGACUUCAAGGGGAAACGGAUGGAACCCCAGUCCAGGAUCAGGAUGGGCAACAACGAGCGCAUGGUUUGGAUGGACAUCUUCAACCCUACGGAGAACGACAAAGGCAAAUACACCCUGGAGAUGUUUGACGGCGGCGAGACGCAUUGCCGUCACUUGGACCUGUCCGGACAAGCUUUUGCAGAUGCCUUGCUGGAGCAGCAGAGGCUGAAGCAAGAGGCCGUCAUUGAGAAAAAUCGGGCCAAAGUGACAAAAGGUCUGCCGGAUGUGGUGGCCAUCAUGGAGGGCAAGUCUCUGUGCCUGACGUGCUUCAUCGAGGGCGACCCCACCCCGGACGUCUUCUGGCUGCGUAACGAGCGCGAGAUCGCCGGCGAAGACCAGUUCUUCAUCACCAGGGAGCGCGGCUGCAGCACCAUCACCAUCAACGACGUGCGCACCGAAAACUCGGGCAAAUAUACCGUGCUGGUGCGCAACCGCUGCGGCUCCGAGUCGGUGGAGGUGACGGUGAGCGUGUACAAGCGCGGCGAGGCGCCGCCGGCCGACGCCGUGGAGAUGGGUUUGUAAAGGCGGCCUGCGCCGCUCCCCAUGGGCAACGCCUUUGCUUGCCGCCCCCGGGCUCCAUUAUGUUUGGUGCAGUAUAGCCCCCAAGUGCACGUGGUGUGCCAUGAUGGAUUAGUCUUGUUUUGUUUUUGUUUUUUUUCCCCAACGGAAAGAUUCCCAUGCAAGUGAUACGAGAGCAUUGCGCGCUUAAGCUACUUCCUGGUUCACGGAGGCUGAUGAUUGAUGGGCGGUCCACCUAAAAUCCUAGUUCGGUAUGUCCCGUCGUUUUAAGGCCACGGUUUCGGUCCGCAUUGGGUACAGGGAGGGAACAAAAUGCACAAGCCAAAGGAGCCAGUUUGUACUCUCAAAGUGCAAACACAAACAGUCCACGGGGUCGUUCACCUCACCGGUGGGCCUCCGGAGUCACGUGAGGAGGUUCAACAGCACCGCAAAGAGAGGAAAGGUUGCAGACGUGACCGAGGCCAAGCCCAAAUCGUGCGUUUCCGCAACGAGCGGCCUUUAUUUACUCAACUGCAGAAGUGGGAGAGGCCUGCUGAGUGCUAGGAUGCAUUUUUUAAAAUCAUUCACCAAUGCAUCCAUCUGUGUUUUUUUUUUUCUUUUCAGAACUUCGUUUGGCUUGCAUCAAAUCUUACUGACUGGAGCCUAUUUCAGCUCACUUUUGGCCAAGAGGCGUUGUUUGCCCUCGGCUGCUUGCCAGUCUCCACAUGAUGUGUCUUGGUAGGUUCUGCUGUUUUUGUGAGCAUGAGCACAUGGGCUCAGCAGUUGGAAGUCCCGCACAUGUCGAGAACAUCCAUCAACUGAUAGAAUUGAUGGUGACACUUAUCGUUUGCUUAUUCAAAGCGGUUUUGCUUCGAUUCCAGUAAUAUUAAAGAAUAUGACAUGAAAAUGGCUAACCGGAACAAAAAGGUCAUAGAGGUGGAUGACACCAAGUUGGAGCGCAACCGCACGGUGCAGUCUCCUGGAAUGCACAUAGCUGGGAAAACCAUGGCCGCCGCACAGAUCGUCAUCUAUACGAGACUGUUCACGGGCCUCAGUAGGUGCUCAGGUUUUCGUUAGCGCAGUGGAACAAAAGUGUCGAUGAGCUGAGAUCGUGUUUAUGGUAAACGGGAAGUGUUUCUUUCUUUGUGCAAAGCGAUGUCCAGACAGAUGGCAUACGUACGGAUUGGUUCGGAAAGAAAAUGCUUUUGCGUGUGGACGAGGGUGCAUUGCCUGUUGUGUGUGCCUUGUGCUUCUCAUUAAAUCAAAGUUUCAUAUCA